AUGCAGUCAGGCGUCUACAAGGACGUUGAUAAAGGUUUAGCUGCCUGUGAGAAUACUUGUACUGCUUCUUUCAGCCCUCAUGAAGAUAUGGCUAGACCCGGAUGGGGUGAAGAAGCCUCAAGAGUCUACGAAUCCACAAAGGAAAGACUCCUAACCACUAUCGGUGGCACAAAGUCUUUACUGUCAGAUGUUCAGAACUUUAACUCAUCCGCAUGGAUGAUGCAUUAUCCUGGUUUAGACGUUGGCGCUGCAUCUACACAACAGCAAUCCAAUUCACUCCAUAGAACUGUUUCCUUCGAUGAUACUUCCCAGCCAGGUGUCAACCAAAGCGUUGUAGCUAAUCCAAAUGAAAUCCAAGUUCUCAAAUUGGACUUGAAACUCGGCUCAUCAUCAGCACAUCCUUCUGCUCUCGUCAAUAGCCUUGAAAAAUCAUCAAUAGCUACCCUCCUUGACUCCAGAUUGUCAAAAUCUUCACAGCACCUCGAUGCCUUAUCAACCAGAAUCAAGGACACCUCCUCCAAAGUUCUUGUCACUGGUGAUUUGAAUAGCGGUAAAUCGACUUUCGUCAAUGCUAUCCUCAGACGUAACGUCAUGCCUUCCAAUCAACUCCCAACGACCACACUGUUCUGUGAAGUGCAUCCAGUUGAGGAGCACCCAGAAAAGAUUGAACAAGUUCAUCUUAUCAAAAGCGUCAAAGAUUCUUACUCGCCAACUGAUUCAUCCACCUUCAAGCCUCACUCACUUGAAGACCUUGAGGUACUCUGCGAAGAGAACGAAACAAAUCCAAAUCCGCCACUUCUUAAAGUUUAUUUAAAUGAUCCUAGGGCUGCUCAUAACAGCUUGCUCUCUAAUGGUACAGUUUCCAUCUCACUGAUAGACGCUCCUGGUCUCAACCUCGACACACUCUCGACAACCGCUCUCUUCGCACGUCAAGAGGAAAUUGACGUAGUUGUUUUCGUUCUUAGCGCUGAAAAUAGAUUGACUCUUUCAGCUAAGGAGUUUUUAGUACAGGCUAGUCAUGAAAAAGCUUGCGUGUUCUGCGUUGUCAAUGGAUGGGACAGAAUCAGUGAAAGAAAUAAAGAGAAAUGUAAGAAAGGUGUACUCGAUCAACUCAAGAGUAUCUCCAAUGAAACUUGGGUUGACAGGGAGGAGCUUGUUCACUUUGUCGAUUCAACCGCUGUCGAGGUCGACCAAGAUGCAGACAACGCGUCUCGUUUCGCUAGACUCGAAGAUUCAUUGAGAAAUUUUGUACUCUUCAAUCGCCAAAAGUCAAAGCUGGCACCAGCAGCCAGAUUCCUGACUCAUCUCCUCUCAGAUGUGAACUUGCUAUCAAAGGCUAAUGUAAAAGUAGCUGAUGAGGAAUUGGAGAUGGCAAAGAAAGAGCUCAUACGUGUCAAACCAAUACUCGAUAUGAUGCGGAAGAAGAGAGAAAGUUUACAAGACGAGUUGGAAAGAAUAGAGAACGAAGCUGUGGAAACACUCGGCAAGUACACAAAGAAUGAAAUUGAAAUUGCACUCAACGAAAUUGCUAACGGUAGAUUAGCUUCGGACAAAGUUAGUAUGCCAAUUUACGAAGGAAUUUUAUCUAUAUACCCAUACGCGCGUGCUGUUAAACAUGCUUUGCUUCAAUCGCUCGAUCUCACCGUCCACGAUAUCGAAAACCACGUCAGGGACGUGACUGGACAGCAAGUAAGGCACGUUCAAAGCAUUGGCAACGAUGCUCUUCCUGAAGGCGUAGAUCGUGUGAAGAGAGUGUUCGUGAAAGAAGCCAUGUUCAAGUCACGUUCCAAGGUCAACACAUCAACUGUUGGUAUAAAACUUUCACAGAAGGCUCACAACCUUGAUAUCUCACCUCGCGAAAUAUUUAACACAACGCAAUUUCUCAUCUUUAAAAAGGUUGAGGAUAGUAAGGUAGAUGAAGAGCAGGAGGAGAGUUCGAUUUUGGGUGCCCUCAGUCUUGCAGUUGGUGCUAUCACAAUGGUCGGUGGCAAGACGAUGGGUAUGAGAGGAUUUGUAGAGGGUGCUGUUAGGAUCAGCAACUUGUGGGGAUCCGAUAGAGUACGUCAAUGGGCUGCACCUGCAGUUGGCGUUUUGGUCUUCGGUGCCGCUACUUAUUACAUCUAUGAGCUGCCAAGAAUGAUACCAAAGACGAUCGGUACAUCGAUCAAGAAGUCGCUGGAAUCAUCAGCUGAGCCAUCGCUUUCAAUUGAUAGCACAUCAGACAAUUACAAUGAAGUGCAUCAAGUGCGUGUCGAGCGCGAGACACGCAAAGUGCUUCGACUUGCUUCUUGGGAUGUGAAGGAGAAAUUCAGAGCGACGCUUGAAACACACGCCGCUGAAUGCCAGAGAGCAGAGCAAGGUGAAGCUAAAGCCAAGAAGGCUAUUGAAUGGUUCGAUAGCGUCUGCAUGAAGGUGGAAGGAUUGCGCAAACUCGGUGGACUUGGAGAAUCGCGUUAG